AAACAUCUCAUCAAUAAACUCCCUCCGGCUUAUAGAAGUAUGAAAAUACCUAGAAUCUUCUUCUUUCAUUUCAGAUGAUUGACAUUCAUUAUUUUCGAAAUCUACUUGAUUUCUCUUCUUACUAGUUGGAAGGUGCAUUACGUCACCCCAAGACUUCAGCCAUGAUACUAGGACAAAUGUGCUACAUAGACUGCAUUGUCUUCCUGUUGUUGUUAAUACCCCAAUUACUUAUCCAUGUGGGACUGCUUGAUACGCUUCACUAUAUUAUCCAAGCUGCGCCAUUUUUAGGGUUACAAUUACCCGUGCAAUUUGUAAAGGAGCGCUAUUUUACUCCAUUGAAAGGCCAGUCACCAUUUGUUCGCCAAGCGUCGCCGUUUGAGGACUUUGUCAUACGUUGUGUGAGAUAUGCAUUUGCGACCAUUCCCCCGAGCAUUGGCCGCGUUUUCUUCUCCAAACAAGUCGCCUUGCCUUUUUUGAGGUUUCGCAUGCUGCGGCAUGGAUAUCUGCGUUCUCCCAUCUUCUGGCGCGAAGUAAAUCAGAGUGGACUUCAUGGAGUAUGGAUAAUUGCAGAUCAGAAUAAGAGUCCGGAUGUUGUCGUUUAUUAUUGUCAUGGAGGUGGGUUCUUCAUGGGCUCAAGUUACUUCUACAUGGAAUUCUUGCUUGCCUGGAUAAGUCUGCUUAAGGAGCGCGGAUAUGCAAAUCCAGCUGUUUUUGCCUUGGAAUACACCCUUGUUCCGGAUGGGGUAUAUCCAACUCAGCUUCAGCAGACCUUGGCCGGAUACAUGCACGUGAUUUCCAUCAUUGGAGACUCGUCUCGCGUUUGUGUUGCGGGAGAUUCGGCAGGCGGCACUUUAAUCCUCAGUCUAUUGCUGCAUCUCGCCAGUUCUGAAGCUGGUGAGAAGACUCGUCCUGGAUUUGCGGCACUUAUAUCUCCUUGGACGACGCUGGUCAGCUCCAAGCAUCGUAACACAGCGAGCGACUACUUGGACGCCGAAAGGCUGCAUCUUUUCGGACGGCAAUAUGCUGGUUCCAAUGCUUCAUUAGAUGACCCACUUGUGUCUCCUGGGACGUGCAAAGAUAUCGAAUGGUGGAAGCGUGCGGCGCCGCUGCACGGUUUCUUCGUCAGCUCAGGAUCGGAAGAGGUGUUCAGCUCAGAGAUUCGCGAUACAGUGGCCAUCCUUGAAAAGGCUGGCGCUUAUGUUGAAGUCCAUGAAGAGCAGGGGUCGAUUCAUGCCUGGCCAGUCGCUACACUGUUUCUCAGCGACACAUCAGUAUUGCGGCAAAAGGGUUUGCGCUAUAUAACUUCGGCAAUGCAUCAGUGCAUGUCAUAAAAGGAUGCACUUUUUCUUAUCAACAUACCUAAAGAAACUUCUCGUUCUAGCGUAUAGACAACUCAUGAGAUAGAUAUCUGCUUUACGA